UUUAGAGCGCAGGACAGUGACUGCCGAGAAAGGAGCCAGCGUUGCAAGGUGCCCGUCUCUCUCUCUCUCUCCCCCCGCUUGACUUUACCGGGUCCUAGCCGUUGCCAUGAAGUAUUACACGGGCCGGUCCAGGUACGCUGCGCCCCCCGCCCGUCUGAAGACCACCCGCGCCGUCCAUUUCUCCCACGACAUCGUCUUCCAGGAUCACAUUCGCCAGGGAGACCUGGAGCAGGUGGGACGGUUCAUCCGAGCAAGCAAGGUGAAACUGGACACUAUCUACAUCUCGGGCAUGGCGGCGCUACACGAGGCUGUUUUGACGGGAAGUCUGGACUGCGUCAAACUGCUGGUCAAAUACGGGGCGGACGUUCGUCAGAAAGACGAGAACGGCUGGACACCCCUUCACAUCGCCUGCAGCGACGGACACGCCGAGAUCGCCAGGUAUCUGCUCUCCCAAGGAGCCCAAGUGGACGUGGUCAACGAUGACGGCGAGAUGCCCAGGGACCUGAUUGAUCCGGACGAUAUCGAGCUUCAGGUGCUGUUUGAGCCUCGAAGAUCCGUCUGAAGAGAAGACGUGUCAACCCAAUUCCCCAGCUGAGGAAUGCAGAGAUACAGAGAUGCUGCCUGACCCGCUGAGUUGUUCCAAACCCUCAGCUGCAACUUGUGGAUGGUGAACUGCAGCAAGGACUGGACUGUGAGGCACAACUCAACUCCCUGGCCUUGCCCUCUCUUGUGCCUUGGUUUGGUGUUUACCAAUGCUGUUGCUUCCUUCAUUUUAAACUUUUUUUAUCAAAAAAAAGUUUGUCGACUUUAAAGGACAUUUUUACUGCAAGUUACAUUUAGACUUUCAGCCAGUGAUGUUUAGGAUUGGCCACUAUCGCCUGCUCCAGCCUUUACACCGAGUCUUAUAUGCAUUGGAGUCUUAACCCUAUGUGUGGGAAAGAACUGCAGAUGCUGGUUUAAAUCGAAGGUAGACACGAAAUGCUGGAGUAACUCAGCAGGACAGGCAGCAUGUCUGGAGGGAAGGAAUGGGUAACGCUUCGGGGCAAAGAAAGAAGGGUCUCGCCCCGAAACGUCGCCGAUUCCUUCUCUCCAGAGAUGCUGCCUGUCCCGCUGAGUUACUCCAGUGUUUUGUGUCGAUCUUUGGUGUAAACCAGCGGCUGCAGUUCCUUAAAGCCCUGUCCCACGGUACGAGUUUCCAUUGUAAAACGUAUCAUUCACAUAAUCUCGCUUAUUCAAGUGCAAAGUUUCCAAUCUUCCUGGUGAAUAAUGUUUACUGAUUUUUAAAGACAAGUUUCCCAAAUAUAUUGGGGACAUUCUCCCUCAUAUCUUCACCUCAUGUUCCCUGAAAAACUCCUCAAAUCCCAUCUCAGUCUUCACACAUUCACCCCCCAUCCACCAAUGUCUGAGUAUUCUAAUGUAAUGCAAAUUGAAAUAUUUUACCAAUUUGUUGAAAUUGUUAUGACUUACAGUUGCAUGUGAGGGACGAUGCUUUAUAUAUUUAUAAUGAAUAAAGUCAUACAUUUUGUUAUUAA